AUGUCCGACCCCUCCUCCUCCACGUCCUCAUCCACAUCCAGCGUCCCCUCUCAUCGAAAUCCCACCCACGUUCUUCCAGCUCCGCGAUCUGAGCAACAACAACAAGCAGGUGUGGGAGAAGCGCUCAAGAGCUUCAAACCUGCUCAAGCUGCAAAUAGAUUGAGUUCUGGAAGGGUCCAUUGUGCCAAGCAGAGCCUGCUUUUGGGAACGGCUACAGCUGCGGGUGUGGGGGGAAUCAGCGCUUUGGCUGGAAGGGGUGCGUGAUCGAUCGAUGUGCAGUGUAGUGCAGUGCGGUUUGGACUGGCAUGACGGAGCGUGCUGGCUCAGAACGCGUAGACCGGUCGAAGCUGAUGUUACCUUCAUGUACGACGUCAAUCUUGCUCAGGCCCCAAGAGGAGCUUGAAUUGGGGCAUUGGAGCGUGGUUCUUGAUCACAAUCAGCAGCUGGUGAGCUUCCUCUUGCCCCCUUACUCCCCACCAGAGUGUGCUCGCCUUCACGACGCUCAAACGCGCCUUCCAUCCUACCCCAGGGAGCUCUGUAGACGGUCUAGAGCAGCAGAGGCGCAAAGGAUGAAGAUUGCCAUAGAAGCUUUCAGCAAAAAGAGGGCUGCUGCCGCAGGUACGAGCGGCGGGGCAGGAGGGACGCCUGCACCAUCAUCGCAGAGGUGA